CUGAGUGAUGCAGCAGCUCGCCGCAUGGAAUAUUAACUUGCAGACUGACACCCCGGGCCAAAGCUGCUUAGCUUAGUAGCCGUCUUGUCAUGCGAUUCUCAGGUCAAUGUCGUGUCCCUCCAGUGGUCACUAGAAGCCACUCGCCUCGCACUGCAAGCUGGCAUUUAGGACAUUCCAAUAUGCAGACUCCCGUCCUUCCUUGCUCACUUGCCUGCUUGUGACCUUGUGAUGACUUCACCAACGACAGAAAAUUAAUUCAAAAUCUUGCAAAAGCAAAAUUGUAAUGCCGUUUCCUCAUUUGUAAUUGAGAUGGUGAAUGAAGACGUUGUUGAAUGAGAGUUGUUGUGGCUAGGCUGACACAGAGGGGAGAGGCCACAAGCACAAGUGUAGGACGGGAGUGUGCAUAUUGGAAGACACAAAUUGCCAUGUCGUCGUGCUGUCAUAUCUGUUUGAGGGCUUGCAACAUGGCAUCAUUAUUUAUUCUCAUCGGUUGCCUCGCUGCCGUUAUCCACAGCACACUAUAAACAUUGCAAGAUUAAAAAAAAAAAAACCUGAAGAAUUAUCACCAAUAGGCUAUCGCAGAUGGUCAACAAUUAAAUAAUUGUAGUCUAAUACGCAAUGCAUGACAGGCCAGACACACACAGUGCAGGUAGUCAUACAGUAGUUACAUUGUAACAGCGGUCUGUUUUAGUCAUAUCAAACUUAAACAUUGUGUCGAUUGUUGGCUAAACGGAAAUGUUUGUUGUUAACCCUUUACACAUCACAGCACACAAAUCCACAGUCAUUCAGUUUCGACAGAGGAAGUCUCGCGACGCGCUCGCUAAGGUCAAAUGCGUAAUGUGGCUCUUUUUAUCAAACGCAUAGGCAGCUUGGCUUCCCCGUCUGAUGUAAGGUUUUUGCGUAAAGGACUUUGGCCCACGGAGCCCAACGGAGGCAGCUAAGCUAAGCACACCAUAAUACCGCCGCGCAGAUGGCGGACGAGGCUCUCCGCUUUAAGCCCCUCUCGUUCGCCUUGGUCUCUCUGUCAGCCAUUUUGUGAGUGGUGAGAGGAUAUAGCACGCUAGAUGGAAUGGAUGGAAGAGGCCGUUGGCUUGGCUUCGCGUGCCUGCUUGCCUGCCUGCCUGCUACUGAGCUCUUUAGUUUCAGCUACGCAGACCCAAGGUGAUGAGAGUGUCGUUCAGCCAGUGUUACUUUGGCGACUCCAAACCAACUCCCCUUGUGCGCGAUCUACCUCUCGCACCAAGUUACCGUUCCCCUGACCUUACACCCUGAGUUACAGUCGAUUUAUGUAAUGAGGAAAAAUAAAGAAGUUUGCUGCUAUAAAACCGCAGGUCUCGUCCUCAUGCACCAAUGACAACAAAGGGGAGGCGGGAACAGAUGCCCUAAACCUGAAUAUUGAUGCGCAAAAGGGCCAAUCCUUAUUUACUGCGCGCGCAAUUGCAUCCAAUGGCAAGGCUCUUCAUACCGCGAUUAUGAUAAUCAGUGUGAUCUAUUUGAAUGACAACAUGAUCGUGUACUCAUAUUUCGAAGUGUAAAACUGCACCAAUGAGAGCGUGCGGUGGGCGGUCGCAAGUAGAGGGGGUUGGGUGCGAAGUAUCAUGGAGGAUCAUUUGGAGACGUGAAGCCACGGAGGAGAGCCGAUCCGCGGGUCCGUGUCUCAGCUAAAUUUUUGUUUUCAUCUUUGACUUUUUUCCCAUCCUGUAAAUUGUGUAUUUAUUUAUUUUAAAACAUGGAAAUGAAAAAGAGGAUCAGUUUGGAACUGAGGAACAGGACACCGGUAGAGGUGGCGGAGCUGGUGGUGGAUAACUGCCGCUCGAGCGACGGCGAGGUGGAGGGUCUGACCGACGACUUCAAGGAGCUGGAGUUCCUGAGUAUGGUCAACGUGGGCCUCAGCUCCAUGGCCAAGCUCCCCGCGCUCCCCAAACUACGCAAGCUGGAGCUGAGUGACAACAACAUCUCCGGAGGCCUGGAGACGCUGUGUGAGAAGUGCCCCAACCUGACGUACCUCAACCUCAGCGGAAACAAGAUCAAGGAACUGAGCACAGUGGAGGCUCUGCAAAACCUGAAGAACCUGAAGAGUCUGGACCUGUUUAACUGCGAGAUCACGACCCUUGAGGAGUACCGCGAGAGCAUCUUUGAGCUGCUGCCGCAGGUCAUGUACCUCGACGGCUUCGACGCUGAGGACAACGAGGCGCCCGACUCAGAGGCCGACGAUGACGAUGAGGAUGAUGAUGGAGAGGAAGGGGGCGGUCCCCUGGGUGACUAUGACGAUGAAGAUGAGGAUGAGGAGGGAUCAGAAGGAGGCGAGGUUGGGCUUUCUUAUGCCACCAAGGGGCUCCCGGAUGACGAUGAUGAGGAUGACUAUGGGGAGGAAGAGGAAGAGGAGGGCGGUGAAGAGGAGGACGUGCGGGGAGAGAAGAGGAAGAGGGCUGCGGAGGACGAGGGCGACGAUGAUGAUGAUGAUGACGACUAAAUCUUCACCUCACCACGGCAGCUGAUUCCCUGAAUACCACCCCCCCCAACCCCCCCUCCCUGCUGAUAGAGCUCCCAUGAAACAGAGCGUGUUGGUCUUGCAGAUUGAUGAUUUUUUUUUGUUUUGUUCUGUUUGUAUUUACGAUAGAAUUCACUGUAGAAGCUACGUGUUUUCCUUUGGAUAUAUAAAAUAUAUAUUAUAAUAUAUAUAUUAUAUAUUAUACUAUUUGAAAAAAAAAUGAAAUGAGAGGUUUUAACUGAUAAUUCAUUUAUAACCAUUCCAGCUGUAAUGUCCCUGACCCCAAGUCCAAGUAUUUUGUCAAGUGGGGGGGGGUUACGAUAGAUGAGUUGAGGGUGGGUGUUGGGGGUGGGGGUGGGGGGGGAGAUUUGGGGGUGUUGACUUGUAUGUACUCAACCCGCUUGUUAUCACCUGCACAACAAGAGAUGCAGAAACAGGGAGACAUUAAACACAAACAAAAACAAAAACAACAGGAAAAGUAAACAAACAAACAAACCGCAUGAGGAAACUCAAGAGUUCUCUCUCGUGUAGAUUUGUUGUUUUAUUCUUCGGCGCCAUCAUGGAUCAUCCUUUCAGGGACUUUUAUUCUGAAAGCCGCGUCUCUUCAGGAAGACGGACCACCUAAAACAGCAACCAGGCCCCGCCCCCUUAGCAGGCCCCGCCCCUUUCCACUCUCAAUCAUCUACCUCUGGCGGCUCAGGCUCCGCCCACCUGUAAGGAGCCGGCCUAUCACCACCACCUGUCGUCUCUCUUCCAUUGGGCAGACACACACACACACACACACACACACACACACACACACACAUACACACACACACACACACACAGGACGUACGGAUGCCACCACCUGACGAGACAGCACAGGGCGGGUGCAAGCCAAUCUUUGUCCUUCCCUCCUUUCCUAAGGCCUCUGUCCUCUGUCCUCCUCCGUGUCCAUGGAGAUACCGAGUUUCCCCGCUGGCAGCCAGUGCAGGGCCACUCUGUGGGGACUUUCUACAAUUCAACAUCCUUGCAAUUGAUUGCAAAUGAGAAAAUUAACUUUUGGAAUCAUGCUUUUCUAAAGAAAUUGACUAAAAACUUUGAUCAUCAAUGACGUUGUAGAGUCUCACGUCAUGAAGACGAGGGGCCACAGCAAAGGACGGGAGGACAAAGACUGACUUGCACCCCACACCUGACCUGAGGGUGGUCACAUGACCUGGCGGUGGUCACAUGACCUGGCGGUGGUCCUCUUCUCUCCAAGCAUCUUUUUGAAUAAGGGUUCUCUCUCUCUCUCUCUCUCUCUCUCUCUCUCUCUCUCUCUCUCUCUCUCUCUCUCUCUCUUUCUCUCUCUCUCUCUCUCUCUGCUUCAACCCAGAUUGCAAUUCUCUCUCUGUCUGUCUCUCUCUCUGAUAGAUUAUAUAGUUAUUUGACAGCUAGAUGUGUUCAGAAACAAAUAAGGCUGUUUUAUUUUAUUUUAUUUUUCUUUGUUUUAUUUUAUUUGUUUGACUGUUUCUUUUUAAAACUCACACAGGUAAAGGGCAGUGGUAAAAUGUAAGCCUAAAAAAAAUAAUCCAACCAGGAAGAGGAUUGCAUAGUGAAACAUUUUGGGCCAGGUGUCUUUGUUAAAACGUUAAAACGUACCAACGUGAGUUCGUAUUUUUGGCUCCUUUAUCGUUGGGACACAACAGGCCACAGGUUAGACUGUGUAAAAAGCAUUCAAAUUAACACAGAAAACACCUGGUUACCAUCAGGGGCGUUCUCCAAAUCUCCAUCUGAAAGCAGUUUACAAUGCAAACACUUUUUUCACACCUUGUACAAUAUGUCUAGUGUUACAGCGCCAUCUUUCUAGACUGAAAUUGAAAGCUGAUUUUCAACUGCUUUGUAUUGGAAUAACGGAUCACCCCCGGCUAUAAAUAAAAAAGAGGUUAGUUUG